CGAAAAGCGUUUUUAGAUCAAACACCGCCUCCAGGCUACGUUGCGGGACUUGGACGAGGGGCCACAGGGUUCACCACACGCUCAGACCUCGGUCCGGCGCGGUUAGAGCCCGGGUUUGCAGCGAGCGAGGAUCAGAGCGACGACGAAGGGUUGUUUGCAGAUGCAGAUGAAGACAUUGAAGCGGACCGGAUCUAUGCGGAAAUUGAAUCGCGGAUGACGCGGAUAAAGCCGGAGGUGGAAGUAGAGCCAGAAACCCAGAUCUCAGACCAGUUCAAUGACUUGAAGCGGUCCUUAGCGACAGUUUCCGCGGACCAAUGGGCAAAUCUUCCCGAAGUGGGCGACUUGACUCGCCGCAAUAAGCGGCAGCGCCAAUUGUUACAGUCCCAACAGCGGUCGUACGCAAUGCCCGACAGCAUUCUCAGCGGGCUUGCGAGUUCUACCGCGACAGAGACAUCCAUUGUGGACGAGGAAACAGAUUUUGAGUCAAUUUCGCGCGCCCGAGACCAGAUGUUGGGCCACCAGUUGGACCGAAACGCAGGUGAAACGGCUUCCGUGGACUCAGCUGCGUAUCUCCAGGCAGACACCGAGUCUUUUUCCACCGACGAGAUAUCAGACAUGCAAAAAACACGGUCAAUCUUCCGGUCCUUGCGCAAAACAGCGCCCCACGUGCCGCGGAACUGGAUCAUGAGCGCACGGUUGGAGGAGAGUGCGCGCAAGUACGAUGCCGCGCGCCGGCUUAUCAACGAGGGAUGUCUGCUCAACAAGUUCAGCGAAGAUGUCUGGAUGGAGAGUUUACGGAUCCAUGGUUCGCAACCGAAGCAGCAGAAGCUAAUCAUCAGCGAAGCUUUGAAAUUUAAUGGAAGCAGCGUUCGGCUCUGGCAGGCGGCAAUAGCCUUGGAGACGGAGAAGAGCAGAGUGGUGAGAAAGGCCAUUGAGGCGAAUCCCGGCAGCAGCGAGCUCUGGAAGGCGGCCGUGGGACUAGAGCCCGCUGCCGCAAACAAAACCAAGCUUCUCCGCAAGGCGGUGAGUCUUAUUCCUCAAUCCAUAGACCUCUGGUUGAUGCUUAUUGACGGGGCAGAGGAGUUGGAAGCAAAGAAACAGUGGCUAGGUGAAGCGAGGAAGUACAACCCGCGAUCGCACGAGAUCUGGCUCGCGGCAAUGAAGCUUGAGGAGGGGGCAACUGGCAAUGAAGUGAAGAUUGAAAGGUUGUUUAACAUGGCGAUCCGCAGACUAGAAAUGGAGGAGGGAACGAAUACACAGGGGCCCGACAAGGACACCUGGAUUGCUAUCGCGAUGGAGUGCGAAAGUCUGGGAUUUCCACUCUGCUGCGAGAUUAUCACGCGAACGGUGUUGGAACGGGACAUUUCCAGCAAGAACUACACCAUGGAAGAAGAAUCUAUCAUCGCUGAUUGCGUUAUCGCGGCACAAAAUGCGGUGGAGGGCGAUUACCCCCAGGUGGCUCGCUCCAUCUACGCCGUACUUUCGCGCCAGUACCCAACCAACAUAGAUGUCUGGCUCCACUACACCGGGUUGGAAAGGCGCGACAUUCCCCGGUUGCACCAGGUGUUCCAGGAGGCAUUGAAGUUCAACUCCGAGAGCGAACUCUUGUGGUUGAUGUACGCGAAAUCAAGAUGGCAGGAUGCUAACGACGUCACUGGUGCAGAGCAGGUGCUCCAGGAGGCGUUGGGCUUCAUCCCGCACAACGAGGAGGUCUGGCUCGCAAAAAUCAAGCUUGCCACGGCUACGGGGGAUUUUACCAAGGCAAAGGCGUUUUUUGCAGAAGCUCGUGGAACGAGUGUGAGGUUGUGGUACAAGAACGUCCAUUUUCUAAGAUUUAUGGGAAUGAGGAAGGAGGCGGAGACGUUGGUAGAGGAGGGGUUGAGGAAAUUUCCGGGGUGCGAGAAGUUGCAUUUGCAAAGAGGUCAGAUCGAGACUGAGGACCCUUACGCAAAAGCGAUUGAAGGUUCCAGUGCCCAACCCCCCCACGGCCUCGCCUCGGCCCGAAAUGCCUACCUUGCCGGGACCAAGCAAUGCCCUUCGUCACUUGCUCUCUGGACGCUGCUUGCGCUCACGGACGAACAUCUUGGUGUGGUGAUUAGAGCACGGUCCACGCUAGACCAGGCGAUCUUGAAGAACCCGACGCUUCCAGAGUUGUGGGUAGCGAAGAUCCGACUUGAGAACCGCCAGAACAACGUAAAGCAGGCGCGGGCGGCUUCCGUCGCGGCAUUGAGCAAGUUUCCCCACUCAGCUGCCGUUUGGUGCGAGUACCUCCCGUUGUGCGAGAAGGCGUCGCAGCGGAAGAAUGGGAUGAUGGAUGCGCUUCUGAAGACCGGUAACUCCAGCCGGAUAUUGUGCUUCAUCGGGGUGCAGUUCUGGAAGGAUGGCAAGUUUACCAAGGCCAGAACCUGGUUUGACAGAGCUGUUAAGGCGGACCCCGCGAACGGGGACCACUGGGCGUGGUACUACACGUUUAUGCAGCAGAAGCUUGGCGGUGAAAUGGAAUCAUUCAUGGCGGAGUUUGAGCAGGUGGAGCUUAUUAACGAAGGGGAGUGUUGGAACGCUACCGCCAAGGCGGUGGAGAACUAUAUGAAGGACAAGACUGCGGUAUUGAUCCAGGUGUCCCAGCUACUCCGCUCCCAAAGCGUUUACCAAGGUAUUUAGAUGUAAUUUAUAGCGGGAAAUUGUACUUAUGAGACUUGUGAG